AUGGCCCCUCUUGAUAAUCCUGCAGUCCCCAAGGGCUCUACUGUCCUCGUCACCGGAGCCAACGGCCUGUUGGGUUCCCACAUUGUCGACCAGUUCCUCGAGUACGGCUACAAAGUUCGUGGUACGGUUCGAGACACCGAGAAGAACGCCUGGCUCCAAGCUCUCUUCGAUAAGAAGUACGGCAAGGGGAGCUUCGAGCUUUUCAAAGUGGCCGAUCUGACGGCCGAGGGAGCCUUCGAUGAGGCCGUGAAAGGGACUUCUGUUGUCGCGCACACUGCGACCAUCACGAGCUUCGCCCCAGACCCCAGCGACGUGAUUCCCCAGGCUAUCGCCUUUGCUGAGAAUGCCCUCAAGUCUGCUUACAAGGAAAAUUCCGUGAAGCGAUUCGUUUUGACGUCGUCGUCGUCGGCAGCUGUUCUCUCCAUACCAGGCGCCCCCGGUGUUGAAGUGCUGGAGGACACUUGGAAUGAGUUCGCCGUUAAGGCCGCGUGGGCUGAACCUCCCUACACUCCCGAGCGUGGCGGCGUUGUUUAUGCCGCCAGCAAAACCGAGGCCGAGAAGGCGGUGUGGAAGUACCAUAAGGAGAACCGAGACAAGCGCCCUGACCUAGUCGUCAACACAGUUCUCCCUAACUUCAACUUCGGAAAGUCUCUCGACCCAGUCAACCAGGGACAUCCCAGCAGUUCUGGCCUCCCCGUUGCACUAUGGCAGGGACAGGUGACCCCAUUCCACCACAUAAUUGUACCGCAAUACUAUAUCAAUAUCCAGGAUACCGGUAGGCUGCAUGUCGCAGCCGCGGUCUUCGACCACAUUAAGGAACGGCGAAUUUUUGGCUUUGCCGGCCGCUUUAACUGGGAUGAAAUCCUGGACAUCCUCCGAAAGGCCGCGCCUAACAAAGAAUUUCCCGCCAAUUUCUCCUCUGGAUCGGACGCCAAUGAGAUUAAACCCCGUGCCGAGGCCGAGCAGCUAUUGCGAGAUCUUGGGCGGCCAGGCUGGGUUAGCCUGGAAGAGACUGUGCUUGCCAACGUCUCAGACGUGAAGGACGCUUGA